CAGUAUCAACCACGCUCAGCUCUAUCAAUUAUAGAAAAUUAGGGUUUUCAAUCAAUUUGAACAGAUCAUUACAAUUUACAAUCCGCUACUCUCCCCUCAUAGAAAUGGGUGUUUACAGGUUUCACCAAUACCAGGUUGUUGGUAGGGCGUUGCCCACCGACUCCGAUGAGCAACCCAAGAUUUACCGGAUGAAGCUCUGGGCCACCAAUGAGGUUCGGGCCAAGUCAAAAUUCUGGUACUUCUUGAGGAAGCUGAAGAAGGUCAAGAGGAGCAAUGGUCAAGUUCUGGCCAUCAAUGAGAUUUAUGAGAAGAACCCAACCACGAUCAAGAACUACGGUAUCUGGCUGCGAUACCAAAGUCGGACUGGGUACCACAACAUGUACAAGGAAUACAGAGAUACCACAUUGAAUGGUGGAGUCGAACAGAUGUACACCGAGAUGGCCUCUCGCCACAGAGUCAGGUUCCCUUGUAUUCAGAUCAUCAAGACGGCGACCAUUCCGGCUAAGCUAUGCAAAAGAGAGAGCACCAAACAAUUUCACAACUCCAAGAUUAAGUUCCCACUGGUGUUCAAGAAGGUCAGGCCACCAACUAGGAAGCUCAAGACAACUUACAAGGCUUCCAGACCAAACUUGUUUAUGUAAUUCCGUCCAAUGAGUUUGUUUAAAUGAGAGAUCAAAGCUCUGCCUACUUUUGGAUUUUAGACUUGCCUAAAGAUUAUCAUAAUUUUGCCGUUAGUUUAUUUUUGCUGUUCUGCUACUAAAAAAAUGAAAUUGUAUUGAGAUGGAUUAGUCUUUAUUUU